CGUCAGAUGCGGACGCGGAAGUGUUAUGGUUACAGCAGAGCUGCCUUCUCAGUCGGGAUAAUCGGAUUGUAUCUCUGCUGGGGCAGCCAUGAGCGGUCGGAAAGAAGUCCGUGGGGGAGGAAAAGGGGCUCCGGCGGCCAAGAGGCCCCCUUUCCUGCUGGGAGGCUUCCCCACCGAUGACGACGAUAUUGAGGACGAUGGAAGUUUGGAAGCAGAACUUCUGGCUCUGACUGGUGGCCAUCAAUCUAAGGGCAAGGAAAAGCCAAAAGGGAAAUCCCCUUUGCCUAUGGAGGCUAUUGAAAAGAUGGCAGCUCUGUGUAUGCAGGACAUCGAGGAUGAUGAUGGAGAAGAACUGGAUGACGAUGAAGACUUGUUGGCAGAGUUGGAUGAGGUCUUGGGAGAUGAAGUUGAAGAGAAGCCCAAGGUUGCAGCCCCUCCUCCACAGGCCGCCCCAUCUUCCGAAAGGGGGAUGGAGGGUACACUGACUGAGCGUUUGGCAAUGUACAAAGAUGCUCUAACUAAUGCCAAACAAGGAGGAGAAUCGAGCAAAGCCAGGAGAUAUGAGAGAGGUGUAAAGACAUUAGAAGACUUGAUCCGUUCGGUUCAGAAGGGCAAAUCUGUAUCUCCAGAGGACAUUCCUCCUCCAGUGGCUGUUGGAAAAACAGAGAAUGCGCCAGUUACUGCUCCAGCUGCACCCUUGUUAGAUCAGCCCCUAAAACCUCAGCCAGUGUCUCCCGUGCUCCAGGGGCCCCCUAAGCCCCAUGCACCCCUAAGGCCACCUCCCCAGGUGCCUGCUAAACCUCAGACGCUUCCAAAACCUGUGAGCUCACCAGCAGCAGUACCAUUACCUGCUCCCGCUGCCCCAAGCCCAGGGUCAGAUGAAGACAGGGCACGAGUCCUGGAACGCCAGAGAGAAUAUAAACUGGCAGCUCUUCAGCAAAAGCGUGAGGGGGACACGGAAACGGCAAGCAAGUACUACCGCAUCGCCAAGUCCCUGGAUCCAAUGCUUUCGGCAAUGGACUCUGGUGAUAAAGUGGAUAUAAAAAGCCUCCCCCCGCCACCAGACAAGAUGCUGGUAAAUAAACCAUUGGCAGCUCCAACUUCUGAAAAUGCCAUGCACACUACAUCCUCAGACAAGUUGCCUGUCAAUAAACCAGUAGUUGCCCUGUCUCCUGUCAAUACAGGUCCCUCUCCAUCAUCAGAUCUCCCUCCACCCCCACGAGACACCCUAGAAGCUCUGCAGCAGAGGAUGGAUCGAUACCGCAGUGCAGCAGAGCAGGCAAAGGGCAAGGGAGAUGACCGCAAAGCGCGCAUGCAUGAACGUAUUGUGAAGCAAUACCAGGAUGCCAUCCGCAGCCACAAAGCAGGGAAAGCGGUGAAUCUGGCAGAGCUUCCUGUUCCACCAGGAUUUCCUCCAAUUCAAGGAUCUGACCCAUCAGCACAGGAGCAAAGCAUUGUGGGAGUUUUGGAGACAGCCAUGAGGCUGGCCAAUCAGAAAGAAGGAGAUGGCGACGACGACAGUGACGAAGAGGGUGAAAAGCCGACAGAGCCACAGAAGCUUUCUCCACAUCCCAGGCCAGCAGGACAACCUCCGCAGGCAGCACCCAAGGCUACCCCUUCUAAGAGUCCCAAAAUGUCUGGAAAAGCACAACAGCAGCUUGACUUUCUGGAGGGAAGACGGAAGCAGCUUCUGGCCGCUGCCCUUCGCUCCAAACAACAGCGCGACCUAGAGGGGGCCAAGAAUUUCCUUCGCCAAUCCAAGGGCCUGGACCCCAUGAUAGAAGCAGCGCGCGGAGGAUUGCCCGUAGAUAUCACCAAGGUUCCUCCUGCACCCAUAAAUGAAGCGGAUUUCAGCCUGGAUCAGCAGAGGAGAGGGGGAGGAAGUCUCAACACUGAGAAGUACCAACAACUGAUGGAAAAAUUAAAAGAACAACAUGAGAUGUGCGUGUCUUAUUCCAGGCAAUUCACUCACUUGGGAAACAUCACCGAAACGGCAAAGUAUGAGAAGUUAGCAGAGGAGUGCAUGAAGUACAUUGAAUUGCUGAAGCAGGCUCAUUCCAGGGGUCUCCCUGUGCCUGGCUAUCACUUUGAAGAGAGAACUAUUAACAUCAUGAAGAUCUUCCCAGAGCUCAGCAGUUCGGAUCUGGUUGUGAUCGUAGCCAAAGCAGUCAACCUGCCAAUACCCUCAGGAUCAUCCCCCCAUGAUAUGGACACUUUUGUUCGCUUUGAGUUUGCCUAUCCCAGUAUGGAGGAGGCCCAGAAGGACAAAACAAAUGUGAUAAAGAGCAGCAAUUCCCCAGUGUUUAAGGAGAAAUUCACACUACAUAUAAACCGAAAUCACAGGGGUCUCAAGAGAGCUAUCCAAGCGAAGGGGAUCAAAUUUGAGAUCAUUCAGAAGGGGGGUCUUUUUAAGUCAGACCGUCUGCUGGGGACUUCACUUCUCAAACUGGAAGCUCUGGAGGGCAGCUGCGAAAUCCGGGACAUAAUGGAGGUGAUGGACGGUCGCAAAACCACAGGGGGAAAGCUAGAGGUGAUCGUCAGAAUCCGGGAGCCCCUCUCAUCGCAACAGCUCAGCAGCACCACUGAGAAAUGGCUGGUUAUAGACCCCAUCACCUUGCCUCCGGUAUCUGCUCCAAAACCUAAACAGACAGCUCCAGUAAAACCCACAGGCGGAAGCACACAGAAUCUUCACAGUCUGACUGUUCUGGCAUACGAGAAGGAGAAACUGGAGAAAAAGAUGCAUUCGUACAAGCAGCAGCACCGUGCAGCCCCUGAUGACCUCGUUGGGCAGAUUAAUGAUAUUACCCGGCGCAGCCAGCAACAAAUACAGUUUUUGAGGCAAGGUGGACCUUCAGCUCGAGCCGAAUAUGUGCGCCAGCUGGAACGCUACCUUCAGUUUUAUGGGGACGCUGCACGGCGCCUCGGACAGGAGGGGAAUAGGGAGGCGGCCAAAGAUGCACUAUACAAGAGGACUCUCGUAACCAGUGAGCUGCAUAAAUUUAAUCAAUGAAGGAUGUUACCGUUGGCAUGACGAUGGAUAAUGAUUCUGGUGCCUUACUGCUUCUAUAUCGAAUCACUCCUCCAUACUUGCUGCUGCCUUUCCUGCCUUCGCCGCCUCUGUCGCCGUCUCAUAUGGAGCGUUGGACAAUCAGAACCAGUUCAGAACUUUAUGACUGAUACUGACAAAACACUACCAAAGAAACCAGCAUUGUGAGUGCGCGUAGGUGACCCGUCUGUGCGCUUAGUUUUGAGUGUGAGUGUGAGCCGCUGUCCCCUCCCCUCGUUUGCUGUGUGUGUGCCUCAAUCCCAAGUCGUAACACCAGCACCAUAACCGCUUCAUUGUGCUCCCCGUAUGCGAUUGAGUGCAAUCCUGCUUGGGAUGGGAACGGUUGGGUUUGAGAAACAAAUGGGGAUUUUGUUAUUAGAGACUGAGAAUAAAGAACUUUAAAUGGUUAA